UGUGUGCUGUUUAAAACUCAGAUUUCCAAGCUCCAUACUGAGAAAGUCCUAGAGGAUCCCGCUUGGGCAGCAUCCAAGAGCCUUCGGGGUUCCUCUGCUGCACACAGGUGGAGUGUCCCAACGCUCAACAAAGGAGCGCUGAGAGAUAACAGCUAGAGGGAGAUCAAGCCCACCUGGGCAGGGCUGGUGGGAGAAAAAGGACACAUUUGUUCUCAGCCCGGCCCUUGAGAUGAUGGGAUUGGGAAACGGACGUCGGAGCAUGAAGUCACCACCGCUCGUGCUGGCUGCCCUGGUGGCCUGUAUCAUUGUCCUGGGCUUCAACUACUGGAUCGCCAGCUCCCGGAGCGUGGAUCUCCAGACGCGGAUUGUGGAGCUGGAAGGCAGGGUCCGCAGGGCGGCUGCGGAGCGAGGGGCCGUGGAGAUGAAGAAGAAUGAGUUCCAGGGGGAGCUGGAAAAGCAGCGGGAGCAGCUGGACAAAAUCCAGUCCAGCCACAACUUUCAGAUGGAGAGCGUCAACAAGUUGUACCAGGACGAAAAGGCCGUUUUAGUGAAUAACAUCACCACCGGCGAGAGGCUCAUCAGAACCCUGCAAGACCAGUUAAAGGCCCUGCAGAAGAAUUACGGCAGGCUGCAACAGGAUGUCCUCCAGUUUCAGAAGAACCAGACCAACCUGGAGAGGAAGUUCUCCUACGACCUGAACCAGUGCAUCAGUCAGAUGAAAGAGGUGAAGGAGCAGUGUGAAGAGCGAAUACAAGAAGUCACCAUGAAGGGGAAUGAGGCCCUGCCUUCCCGAGAUCUCAAUGAACAGAAGGACCAAAGCCAGCAGCCCCGAGCCCCCAGUGAGCCCCAGCCCAGGCCGCAGGAGGCAGGCCCGCCCCAGGCAGAGGUGCCGGAAGCAAGAGGAAACGUGCCCAGCCACAGGGAGCCCCAGACACCAGCCCCUAGCUCCGAGGUGGCUUUCGAUCUGAAGAGACGAGGUGAGAAGGAGGAAACCAAGGAGAUUCAGGUCGUCAGCGAGGAGGAGCCUCAGAGGGACAGCCUGGCGCUGCCGAAGGAGCCAGGCCCAGGGCAGGCGGUGGAAGGAGACGGACAAGUGGGCGGAAAAGGCAAUGCAGAGCCCGGAGAGCUGGGCCAAGUUGCACAGGCCCCAGCCGCCCUGCUGGCCAGCCAGGAGAAUCAAGAGGCGGAGGGCCCCGAACGGGACCAGCUCGUCAUCCGCGACGGACAGGAGGCGGCGCAGGACGCCGACGGGGAAGGGAGAAAUCAGCAGAAACUGGGAGCUGAUGAUGACUACAACAUGGAUGAGAAUGAGGCAGAAUCUGAAACAGACAAGCAGGCAGCCCUUGCGGGGAAUGAUAAAAACAGAAAUGUUCUUAACGCUGAAAAUCAGAAAGGAGACACAGUAAAUUUACUUGAUCAGCGUGAAAAGAGGAAUCACACACUCUGAAUCAAACUGGAAUCACAUUCUUUUGUGUCAGAAUCGAACAGAGAUCACUACAAUAGUCACGAGGGAUUGAAUACUGUGAAAUGUACCAAGUAAAAUAUCUAAAGAUGAUUAUUGUGGAGUUUGUAUUUACAAUGUAGGAAAAUGAGAUUGUCUUUGAGACAGUGUUUUAGAGGUAUUUUUGAAGUGUUUAUAUUGAGAUGUCAAAAUUGUUGAAAUUUGUUGGCUAAUAGGUAUUUCAUAAGAAGAGCAACACCAGAAAUAGAACACAGGUUCUCCUUCAAGUGCGGCAACAGCAGGAUUCAUAUUGUGAAGUGUAACCUUUGAUGUGAAGGGGACUCCCAUAUUCACAGAGCUGGUCUUCAGUUCCCUCUGGAGUCAUUCUCUUCGCCACGUGGAGUCAUUCUCUUCGCCACGUGCAGUGCUGAGACAGGAACCAGCCCUGCAGUCGGCACUGAGUGAUUUUUGGUUUAUUCUUCUGUGCUCACUUCUGGUUCUGACAAUCAGUGGCCUAGAGCACUGACUGUUAACAUGAACAUCACUAGCAACGGUGUUAAACAAGUCUAAACACAGAGGUGUUUUGUGUGAGGAUUUUUUAAAAGACUGCUACUUGUACAGUAACCCUUGUCAUUAAUGUACAAAAUGCUUAUAAGUGACUUGUAAUUUGAAUACCUGUGAUCUACUUGCCUUGCUUAGUGUGUGUGGGCAAAGCAUUACCAAGAAAAGCCAGUGUGGAUUAGACUUCUGACACAUCGGGGGCCAAAGCAGGGCUGACCUUGGGCACGUGUGGCAGAGAGGGCGGUACCGCGCUGUGGCUGGGUGUGCUGUGGACAAACUGCCUACUUCACUGCUAGAAGAAGAGAAAUUUGAUGAUGAAGGAGACACACAGCAUACAGAUUUGAAAAGUUUAGAAAGUAAAAAAAAAAACGCAGUAGUUGUCUUUUUCAGUUUACACAUGUACCCUGUGGUAAAGGACCACAUCACAAACUGAUUUAAAAACCAAAAGUUAAUUUGAAAAUGACUAAUCAUAAUUUGUCAUAAUAGUGACAUCAGGUUUAAGUUGGUUCUUAACAUUGCAAAUAAACAGGCUCUUGUCAGACUUGUGAAUGACUGGCAGACUCACAUUAGUGACCUUUAGAAAGGCUCCCUGCAGGGUUAAGUGGGUGGUGAUGCUUAUUAAAUCAGCAUUCUGAGUCAUAGGGCUUGAGAUGCAGGGGCUUCAGGUCAUGUGACAUAACCCCCUGAUUAACAGAGAAGAGCCUGGGGCCCAGAGGACUUCUGAAGCUUCUCCAGGCCCAGCCAGAGUGCCUGCCUCGCCGCCAGCUGUGGACUCCUGCUGCCACUGAGGGGCGGGGCCUGGUCUGCAUUCAGGUUAUGAUCUCCAACUUGAAUGCUGUGUGGUAUUUUUCCUACCUAAUCAUUAAGAUUAUAACUUCCCACCCAGAAAAGGCAACUGAAGGGUGUGAAAGUAGCUUUAUAAGAUACUCAUCUAGGUCCUUGUCCAGUGUCUAAGUCUCAAUCAGUCUUAGGGUUGAUGUCUUGCAUAUUAGCCUUUAUUCAUCUCAUGUUUAAUCAGUGUGCCUAGAGUUGCUGAGAAAUGAAACUGUUCAGGUUUUAAAACUGCUUUCAGUUUUCCCUUCAUCUGCUGUUGAAACCCUAAGGAAUCAGCUUGUAAACUGUGGAUUAAGGAUGGUCGUUUGCCUUAUUAAUUAAACCUUUCUGUGGAAUGAGAUGCUGAUAUAAAUAAAAGAUAAUCGUGAUUUAAUCUCCCUGUACUGAGGCACCUGAAAGCUGUUUGUUCAGGAGGUGUGUACUUUAGGUGUUUCUUCAGGCAGUCAUGCUUUAUUGCUGUUGGCUUCCCUUGGGAUCAACUAUUCCAAGGAACAAUCUAGAGAUGCCACAGCUAUUUAAAAAAUAAAACCUGUGUAAUAAGCAUCAAAUAGAUUAUCAGACAACGUGGUCUUGGGUUCAUCUAAAAUCAGCAGCUAGUCCAAUUUUUAAUAAACUGAUUCACACCCUCCUCUAUAUUUUCAAAUGGUGUGUAGACAAGGAGUGAUGAUUAAUUUGAUCUUUCUUCCUGCAGAUGAAGAUUGCCAUAGCAGCUUUGGAUUAGAUUUCAUGAAUACUCUAAUCAUUGCACCUAGCAUACUUUUGUGUGAUGGAAUUUGAAAAAACAUUGCCUGUUUAAGUCAUUGUGGUGUCAUUAAAUAACUAGGUUGAUAA